ACCGGCGAUUGGGCGGUGCCCGGAGGCUCCAAUAAGAAGGCCCUCAGCGGUUGGGCAGCCUUGGGUAGGCCUGGUUUUAAAGGAGCCGGAGGUGGGAGCUGCGGAAGACCCGGGAUCCACGGGAGGCGGCGGCCUCAGCCUGGGAUCCCCCAGGGAAACCCCGGAGCCGCCGCUUCUCCCAUGGACUUGCCCGGGGACUCCAGCCCGCCUGGCCAGCCGCGUCUGUGCCGCCAGCCUCUGACUCGAGCAUUAUGGGGAGCCACGAGCCCGAAACGGCAGAGGCUGCAGACCCCGGCGGCCCCUUCACCCCUGGAAAAGGCCUCUCGGCGGGUCCUGGCCGUGGUGCUGGAAGAUGUCAUGGCUGUUCGAAUGGUCCCCGUGGUGCCCCCAAAGGAGACCUCCAUCCCAUGGCACCAGAGCUACCUUCAGGAUCCUGUCCACAGGCAGCCUCCUGCCUUGCCACCCCGGCAGGCCAUGUGGUCCUCACAGGCCAGGCCUCCCGACCCUCUGCAUUUGUGCCGAGAGCCCUUGAGCCGAAUCCACCGGACCUCUUCCACCCUGAGGCGGCUAUCAAAGACAACCCCUGGCCCAGAGGAGGGCCCUUCACAAAACGUGGACCAGGCCCCCCAGCCCACCCUGGUGGUGAUGCUGGAAGACAUCGCCAGUCCUAGACCUCCAGCUGAGGGCUUCAUUGAUGAGACCCCCAACUUCAUCAUCCCAGCACAAAGAGCUGAGCCCAUGAGGAUAGUUCACCAGCCAAUGCCUUCACCCGGGGACCUAGAACCCCCAUUCCAGACAUCUACUCUGCCUGCAGACUCUCCGGAGAACCCACCAUCGGCCCCAGAUCCUGCUCUGGAGCUCCCAUCCACCCCACCACCGUCCAGCCUUUUACGCCCCCGCCUCAGUCCCUGGGGCUUGGCCCCGCUCUUCCGUUCUGUCCGCUCCAAGCUGGAGAGCUUUGCUGACAUCUUCCUCACGCCCAACAAAAUCCCACAGCCCCCGCCCCCGGCCCCCCCCAUGAAGCUGGAGUUGAAGAUCGCCAUCUCAGAGGCUGAGCAGUCUGGGGCUGCUGAGGGCACUGCGUCUGUCAGCCCCCGGCCCCCCAUCCGCCAGUGGCGGGCUCAGGACCACAAUACCCCAGCACCUCUCCCUAAGCCCUCUCUGGGCCGAAGCUACUCCUGCCCUGAUCUGGGGCCCCCUGGCUCUGGUACCUGCACCUGGCCACCUGCUCCACCCCAACCAAGCCGGCCACGGCCACGGCGGCACACUGUGGGUGGUGGGGAAAUGGCCCGAACCCCGCCACCCCCUCGGCCCUGUCUCCGGAAAGAGGUCUUCCCUCUCGGAGGAGUGGGAGCCUCCCCUUCUCUCGCCACAUCUUGCUCGUCCACGGCAUCCACUUCCUCCUUCUCCGAACCAGCAGAACCCAGGUUGGGUUCAACCAAAGGGAAGGAGCCAAGAGCCUCAAAGGACCAGGUGCUUUCAGAACCUGAGACCAAGACCAUGGGAAAGGUUUCUCGAUUCAGAAUACGCAGAACACCAGCCCGUCCUCAGCUAAACCUUACACCAAUGGGACUGCCUCGACCAAUCAGGUUGAACAAGAAGGAGUUCAGCUUGGAAGAAAUUUAUACCAACAAGAAUUACCAGUCACCCACAACCAAGAGGACCUUUGAGACCAUCUUCGAGGAACCCCGGGAGCGCAAUGGGACUCUGAUUUUCACCAGCUCGAGGAAGCUCCGUCGGGCUGUGGAAUUUCGAGACAGCAGUCUUCCUCGAUCACGACGGCUGUCCCGUGGGGUCCGGGCUGCAGGGGGCAGGACUGUUCCUCCCAAUGUGACCCCCAGCCCUGAUGUGGGCCCCCUGCUGCGGCAGAGGCUGGAGGAGCUAGACGCCUUGCUUCUGGAGGAAGAAACUGUAGAUCGGGAGUAACCCCAUUGGACCUAGGUGCUCCAUCUGUUUGUUAUCCAUCCUGAAGGGACGGGAAACCUCCCGGGCCGUUAUAUUUUUUUCUCUAUAUUUCUAGUAAAGGUUUCGCUAUGUUUCUGA